UCAAUUUACAACUUGACAGCAUCGGGGUACCCUCAGCGGUUCACUUUAGUAAUAUAGGACGACUAGGCGGUUAAAGAACUGGCAUUUUUUUUAACAUUUCAAAGACAGAAUGGAGAUACAUGUGCUUGUGUGAGACUUUAAGACCACCGCCUGGUUCACUAAGGUGAGGUGACGCCACACACUCAAGAUGUAACCUCCAAAAGUCGAUAGAUAAAGAAAUACCUACAGGUGCUGUGAGGAAAAGAAAACUUCUGAACCCAGCAACAAGAAGAAUGAACUACGUUGGCAAGCUGCUCUCUAAUUUUAAAGCCGCUUACAAUGAGAUAAACGCGGCGACCUUGACAGGUGCUAUUGACGUGAUUAUCAUACAGCAGGAAGAUGGGUCCUAUGUCAGCUCCCCCUUCCAUGUGCGCUUUGGAAAACUGGGGGUUAUACAUUCCAGGGAAAAAGUGGUGGAUAUCGAGAUCAAUGGAGAUCCAGUAGACCUGCACAUGAAGCUGGGAGAGUCUGGGGAGGCAUUCUUUGUAGAGCCAACAGAUGAAAAAUCAGAGUCUCUCUUUGAAUUGGCUACCUCGCCCAUUGCCACCCCAUCUCCAGGAGAAAUUAUGAAAGAGGGCAUCAAACAACUGAAGAAAGAACAGGGAAAGGAGAAGCUGUCUGCUGUUCUCUCUGCCCCAAGUGCCUUGGAUACCUUGGAGAGCAAACGAGAGAAAUGUCGCUCAGAGGUCAGCCUAGAAAGCUUGGAAAAAGGGAGUCUGGGAUCAUCUAUAGAUGGGGACACUGGGCAGUGCAAAUCUUUAUCAGGCACGCCAACACAAUCCCCUGUCAGAUUUGGCCUUGAGCAGGAACAUCUUGAGCUGCCUGGCAGACAGCGAAAAUCGUCAGCAAGAACCAUGAGCGGGGACAGUACGACAGCGAAGAGUUCUCCAAGGCAUGCUGGGAAGGAUGAGGACCAUAUCCCAGAAUUCAAUGAUGAGGAGAUAUUUGAUAUGGACCCUAUGUCUGACGAUGAGCUGCGAAUGAUAAAUAUGAACUCGAUGGCGCGGAGUGUAAGUCUUCCAGUGCUGGAGGAAGAUAAGAGGAAUAGUAUUGAAGAAUGGGCAAACAGUCGUUAUGCUUCUCAGUUAUAUCCGUUUAGUGAUGGGGAUAUCACACCUGUUGUUAGUCCCACUGCCACUCGCUCACCCAGUCCAUUCAGCGAUACUGAAAUAGAGAAACAAAACGUAGUCUACGACACUGUCCUCUCUUCUGAACCAUCAGAAAACCUCGACUGGUCGUGGGGAGAGCUGCCCCAAAAGACUCUGAAUAAUGUAGAGUCACCGUUGGCCAUUGAAGUACCCACCAAGGCUCCAGAAAUUCUAAUAGAACAAGCUAAAGAAGAGGAUACGGGUCUGUUAACGUUCAUGAGGAGCACUAAGAAGAUCCGCCACCAGCCUGUGCAGGAAGGUAUAUACCUGGAUGACCUUAACCUUGAGGAGAUGGACCCAGAGGUGGCAGCACUGUACUUCCCACCAAAACAUCAGUUCACACAUGCUCACCACAUGCAGCCAAUCAGGGAUGAGGACAUUGAGUCGGGGAAAGGGUCGUCUUUACCACAGUCUCCAAACAGUGUGGAAGGUGCAAUAGGAGGAAAUAUACAGGAAAGUGAGCACUGGGAUUUAUCCCUGUCACUUUGUGGAGGGUUGAAAGAGGCCGAGGGCAACAUCGCAAUGGACAAAUUCUUACAAGACUACGUGACAUACGACAAGUUCUGUGAAAACGCCAUGCAGAUCAUUUCCGACCCUAACCUGGUGAUAAAAAUCGGAACAAGGUUCUACAACUGGCAGACGGCAAGCCCCAUGAUCCUCUCUGUAAUGGCCUUCCAGCGCCCCCUUCCAGACUCCCUCAUCACUAAUCUCAUCAAACAGCACAUGCCAAAGAAAGAGAGGGCCAAACGCGCGGGGAUGUCUUCCUGGUUCUCAUGGCGGCGUGCCCCACCUGAGGAUGAGGAAAAGGGUCAGGUGGGAAGUCAGGUGGCUGGAGAUGUCAGCAAAGUAGAGCCCAAGAAGCCCAGUAGUCAGACGUCCACUCCCACCUCCAGUCCUCCCACCAGUGCUCCAAACUCACCACAGAAACAGAGAGAAAGAGAAACUGGCAGGAAAAAAGAUGCAGACGACACCUCCACGUCUAGCGACGAGAUGGAAUUCAAGCAGUGGUCCCCAAAAAGAAGACGGGCCAACUCUCCCAAAAACCGCAAUUCACAAGGACAGGUCAAUUUCAAGAAAAGUCUUAGGCUAACGUCAGAGCAAAUAUCUAAACUAGUCAGGCAAAGUAGAGUCAAGCUACAACCAGGGCAAAACACAAUCUCAUACUCCGUGACGACGCAGUACCAGGGAACAUCCAAGUGCGUCUCUCACAUCUACCUGUGGCGCUACGACGACAAAAUUGUCAUCUCUGACAUAGAUGGCACUAUUACCAGGUCGGACGUCCUUGGCAACAUCCUCCCAAUGCUGGGUAAAGACUGGUCUCAGAUGGGUGUCGCCAAACUCUUCAACAAGAUCCACCUCAACGGCUACAAGUUCCUGUACCUCUCGGCCCGGGCCAUUGGUCAGUCCUCCCUGACCAGAUCGUACCUCAAGAGUAUCCGCCAGGGGGAGCUGUGUUUGCCAGACGGCCCCAUGUUGUUGACUCCUAGUUCCCUUAUCAAUGCCUUCCACAAGGAAGUUAUAGAGAGAAAGCCAGAAGAGUUUAAGAUUAACUGUCUGAAAGACAUAGCAUCCCUCUUCCCGGCGACACGACCGUGUCCUUUCUAUUCCGGCUUUGGAAACAAAAUUAAUGAUGUUUGGGCAUACAGGGCUGUUGGUAUUCCAAUAUCAAGAAUUUUCUCUAUCAAUCACCGAGGGGAAUUGAGGAGCGAGAUUUCCAAAACUUUUCAGACUUCCUACAACAGCCUGANUCUAUUAGUAGAAUUUGAGCACUGGGAUUUAUCCCUGUCACUUUGUGGAGGGUUGAAAGAGGCCGAGGGCAACAUCGCAAUGGACAAAUUCUUACAAGACUACGUGACAUACGACAAGUUCUGUGAAAACGCCAUGCAGAUCAUUUCCGACCCUAACCUGGUGAUAAAAAUCGGAACAAGGUUCUACAACUGGCAGACGGCAAGCCCCAUGAUCCUCUCUGUAAUGGCCUUCCAGCGCCCCCUUCCAGACUCCCUCGUCACUAAUCUCAUCAAACAGCACAUGCCAAAGAAGGAGAGGGCCAAACGCGCGGGGAUGUCUUCCUGGUUCUCAUGGCGGCGUGCCCCACCUGAGGAUGAGGAAAAGGGUCAGGUGGGAAGUCAGGUGGCGGGAGAUGUCAGCAAAGUAGAGCCCAAGAAGCCCAGUAGUCAGACGUCCACUCCCACCUCCAGUCCUCCCACCAGUGCUCCCAACUCACCACAGAAACAGAGAGAAAGAGAAACUGGCAGGAAAAAAGAUGCAGACGACACCUCCACGUCUAGCGACGAGAUGGAAUUCAAGCAGUGGUCCCCAAAAAGAAGACGGGCCAACUCUCCCAAAAACCGCAAUUCACAAGGACAGGUCAAUUUCAAGAAAAGUCUUAGGCUAACGUCAGAGCAAAUAUCUAAACUAGUCAGGCAAAGUAGAGUCAAGCUACAACCAGGGCAAAACACAAUCUCGUACUCCGUGACGACGCAGUACCAGGGAACAUCCAAGUGCGUCUCUCACAUCUACCUGUGGCGCUACGACGACAAAAUUGUCAUCUCUGACAUAGAUGGCACUAUAACUAGGUCGGACGUCCUUGGCAACAUCCUCCCAAUGCUGGGUAAAGACUGGUCUCAGAUGGGUGUCGCCAAACUCUUCAACAAGAUCCACCUCAACGGCUACAAGUUCCUGUACCUCUCGGCCCGGGCCAUUGGUCAGUCCUCCCUGACCAGAUCGUACCUCAAGAGUAUCCGCCAGGGGGAGCUGUGUUUGCCAGACGGCCCCAUGUUGUUGACUCCUAGUUCCCUUAUCAAUGCCUUCCACAAGGAAGUUAUAGAGAGAAAGCCAGAAGAGUUUAAGAUUAACUGUCUGAAAGACAUAGCAUCCCUCUUCCCAGCGACACGACCGUGUCCUUUCUAUUCCGGCUUUGGAAACAAAAUUAAUGAUGUUUGGGCGUACAGGGCUGUUGGUAUUCCAAUAUCAAGAAUUUUCUCUAUCAAUCACCGAGGGGAAUUGAGGAGCGAGAUUUCCAAAACUUUUCAGACUUCCUACAACAGCCUAAGUGACAUUGCAGACCACUUUUUCCCACCACUCCAUGUCACAUCCUCUGGAGUUUGUGAAAUUGGAAAUUUUUCGGCAGCAGAUAAAUACAGCCAGUACACAUACUGGCGAGAACCUCUACCAGAAUUGGACGAUGAAAUAGCGAAUUUUUUGAAGAAAAAUAAAGAGAGUGAAGCGAGUCCAAGUAAAGGAUCUAAAAAGGGGAAGUGAAUUUAUUAAUUGUAUGAUUGGAAGAAAUGGCAUUUCACCAAUAAUAGUGGAAAGAAAAAUAAGCUCACAGUUGAACUAGAAAAAUAACUGAAAAGUAUGUAUAAGAAAAACUGUGAGGGAACAGAAAAACUUCCUCUGAGGGUUGUGAGUUUAGAGAAAUUUGAAUUCUAGUAUACCAAACACGAGGAAGAAGAAAUCAUCGGCACAGCAGGUUUCAUUUAUUUCCUGUUUCAAGAAAAAUAAAGCAGAUACAAACAAAAGAAGAUAAGAAAGUAAAGAAGAAUCUUUGAAAGAAAAAAACAUCAGGAAAGAGAAAAGUUCCCUGCUUAUUGGGUUCACAAUGCAAGAUUUCUGCAAGACACACACACAAAAAUAACAAUUUGGUCAGUUUCAAAAACACCAUGUGACACUGUUGUAGACCAGCCAGGACGGGUGAAAAAAAAUCUUUAGAUCCCAAAAUGUUGCACAAACAAAAACCUAACAGGGGAGUUUAUUUUGUUGGAAACUAGAAAUGAUCAUUUUAGGAAAGGUUGUAUAUUGGAACAAGCGACACAAAUGUCCUGGCAGCCGGAAUGUGAAGGGGUAUGUUGAAAUUGUUAAAUCAGUUUAGUACUUAAUGAAUCACUGCACUAUUUGAAGUGAUACAUCUGUGCACAAAUAUUAAGAUUAAGGUGUCAUCUAACUUAAUAUUGGUGGCACAAAUACUGACAAGUAACACCUAAGGUUAUAUUUGUAGUACUUAGAUUUUUACAUGACAAACUUACUCAGAUAUAAGUUAAAUUUGAUAACAAUUUAUCAUGUAUUAAAUUGGAGAGUUUAGUUCACUUUUAUGAAGAAAGUAGCAUGUUAAGUUUUUUCUUUUAUGCUGCCAACAGUCCAUCCAGUUGUCAUCAGUUAAGCUGGGGAAGUUCAUUUCAUAAAUGAAAAAGGAAAAAGUUUAAAAAAAGCUGCUGUAUAGACAUUUUCAGAUUGGAAAGCGCUGUCAUAAGGUCAUGUGACUUAUGAUGUAAAUACAUGAAACUUUUCAGGUGCUAGGGAGACUUCCUCACUCCUAUUGAAAAAAAUAAGAAUUCAGUAGCUGAGAGUGGAGUCUCUCCCCCUCCACUCCUAAGUCACUUGACACCAUCAUCAUGUUUUCCUCUCUGAAAAUGCCUAUUGUUAAGUGUAGUGAAAGCAUCAGUAUUAUAUUGACCAAAAGUUUAGCAAGAAGUAACACAAACUUGCAAACAUAUAUAAUAUAUGUCAUUCCAUGGAGAAGGGGCUUUGUUGUAUGAAAAUUAUAUGAUAGUCAAAACAUUCAUUCUAUGUAAGACUUAAACCUACAUUUGAAUAAGGUCAAACCCUCCUAUCUCCUGUAUGAAAAGGAUCUAGCAGUAGCCAUCUUGGCUCGUAAGGAGGUCUCGUUUCUAUGUGUCAGAUCACGUGCAAUAUGGCAGUUGGAAGCCAUCUUGAUUUAUUUUAAAAAAAGGGAAAUUUUUGUCUAAGGUAAGUUGACCACCUCCAUGAUCUGCAUGGAGAAUGAGAGGAUUUGGAGUUAUUCAGAUAGUUAAGAUUUCUGUUUAUUUCCUAAAAAAAGGCGUUGCCUUAGUACGUGGUGAAUAUAUUUAUAAGUAAUAAUUACUGUGUCUAUCAUUUAAUGGUUUGCUAUUUAUUUUUUAUUUCAGUAGAAACUGUACAAACAACUGCUUCUUUUUGGAAUAAUCUUUCAGGUGCAGGUGUUUUAUCUUUUGACAUAAUUAUUUAUCCUACUAAGAACUGAAAUAUAUGACCAGUGAGGCUUGGUUCACAUGUUAACUGCGAGACUGUUACACAUUACUCUCAAUCCAGGAUACCUCAGUUAAUAUGGAUUGUUGGUUAUUUAGGCUGAUAUUAUAUUAAAGAAAUGAAAAAAAAAAGAUGUUGGGGGAGAAAAAAAA